CGAAUUGUGCUUCUAUAAUAACCAGUCAUGCCACCACUGAAAAAUCAGCAAAUGACAGUUGCAAUGGUAAUUUUUUGCCAUCACAUUUAUUUUUUGAUUUUUUUCGCAAGUCUUUUUUUAAAACUAUAAAAUGGAAUCUAUACAAAAUAAUAAAAAAAAAGAUCCAACCUUUUUCAACGUUUUCCAGAUUUUGGCGACUGCAAAGGAGGGACUUUUACGCAAGAAAAAAUUGAGAGCUAAAAGAGAAAAUGUAGCCCGAGGUAUGUCUGGACCCUUGGACUUAUCCAUGGAUUCAAUGGAAGAAACCAGAUUCAAAAAAAGUAACCAGUUUUUGUUUCUGAGAUUAGAAAAACGGUUGCACUUUACUUACACGGAAAUAGAAGCUUUGUUGCUCAUUUAUUACAAGCUAUGGAAAGAGGGCACUGCUGUUGACCCAAAACUGGAAGGCGUCACAAAAAUUCAAUUCAGAGACGUCCUGCAUUUUGUAUUAGAUAUGACCGACGACAUACUUAUGGAUAGAGUAUUUUUAGCCAUAGAUAAAGGUCCACAUUCGUGUAUUUCAAUGGAAAUUUGGGCCUCGACGUUUUCUUUAUUUUUGAGGGGCACGCUCGAGGAAAAGAUAAGGUUUUGUUUUUCUGUGUAUGACAUUAAGGGGGAAGGACUUAUAGGGAGAGAUAUUAUGUUUCAACUGCUCAAAUAUUCAUUCAUCAGUCAAAGCAGUGAUGAGGAUGCUGAAGAAUCAGUAAGAGACAUGAUAGAACAAAUUACUAAAAAAAUGGACCUGGACAGAGAUGGAAAAAUAUCUUACGCAGAUUAUCAUCAUUCUGUACUAAAAAAUCCCAUGCUUUUAGAAGCUUUUGGUCCUUGUUUACCACCCAGACAAGCAGCUUAUGCUUUUCUGAGCACUUUUUCUAUUACGGGAACGACCUAUUAGUAUUAUGUAUUUUUAAAUUUUAGUAUAAAUAUGUAUAGAUUAAAUAGGUAGGUAUAAUACUAAUAAUA